GUGUGAGUCGACGCCAUUUCGUGUCCACUGGUUUCAAGGUGAUACUAUCAGCCUGCAGAGCCGUAAACGGAUCUUUACCUACCCAAGUAAAAACAGCGUUGAAUUUUACUAAUUUUUAGUAUUAAACUCCUGUUUUUGAAGCCUCUUUUUUGAACAGCGGCAAAUCAAAAAAAGAUACCUGCUCUUGAUAAUAACAAUGAUGUCAUCAUUAUCACCCUCGAUAAGUCAGACAGGCAGGCAGACCUCCAGCAGCCCGAGUACAGACAUGAUGGACCCGAUGGCCAGUAGCAAUGUGACGAACAAGACUGACCCUCGCUCCCUGAACUCCCGCGUCUUCAUCGGCAACCUCAACACGCUGCUGGUCACCAAGGCCGACGUGGAGGCCAUCUUCUCCAAGUACGGCAAGGUGGUGGGCUGCUCCAUCCACAAAGGCUACGCCUUCGUCCAGUACGCCAAUGAGAGGAACGCACGCAACGCCGUGGUCAGCGAGGACGGCCGCAUGAUCGUGGGACAGGUGCUAGACAUCAACCUGGCCGGCGAGCCCAAACCCCACAGAUCGAAGACAGUGAAGCGCUCUGCAGGAGACAUGUACAGUUCCUCUGGAGAUUUGGACUAUGACUUUCAAAGAGAUUACUACGAUAGGAUGUACUCCUACCAGUCCCGGGUGCCUCCUCCUCCCCCUCCCCCCCUGUCCCGGGCCGUCAUCCCCUCAAAGCGUCCGAGGGUCAGUGUGAGCGGCGGAGGCAGCCGGCGAACCAAAACCAGCUUCUCCUCCUCCUCCAAGACCACCCAGAGGACCUCCCGCUCCGCGGUGAAGGUAGAUGAUCUGCAGACCAUCAAGAGAGAGUUGACACAGAUCAAACACAAGGUGGACUACCUGCUGGAGAGCCUAGAGCGCAUGGAGAAAGACCAGAGCAAGAAGUCAGGUGGGCCUCGGAGAUUUAAUGAGAUGAAGAACUGCAAACCAGAGCCGGGCGAGGUGUCACCGCUCAACUCCUCCAGCUCCAGCAAGAAAGGUGACAGCCUGAAACGUGGCAUGAACGACUCAGAUGACGAUGGAGAUCUGCUGGACGAUGAAGAUGAGAUGAAAAACAGAGGCAGGGAUGAUGACGAUGAUGAGCCUGAGGAAGGAGAGGACGACGGAGAUAGUGCCGACGGAGACGAGUCCUAAACACCACACACACACAUUGUGUACGAUUGUAUCUCCACUCCAGACUUGUACGCAGUGUUAAUUUUAAUCUGCUGAAUUGACUGGACAUUUACAGCAUAUACAGUGUAUUGUAGACUUCGCUUUCUCACACACACACACACACACACACACACGUAUAGUUUCUGGAAUUAUAUUUCAAGUUGAUCGUUCGAUUUUUCUUACCUAUUAAGUUUAUUUUACUUUUUUUAUAAAUAUUUAAAUGCAAACUGUAACUGAUGUGUUACAUUUAGGCAACAUCCAAGUUCAGAUGAGGAUAGGUGUCACAUUGUUUAACAUUGUAUUUUGAAUUCCAGUGUAAAAAAUGACAGAAAUAGUUUUUUUUAGAUUACGUGACGUCCAAAACACAUAGCAAGAGCUCAAAUUUAAGCAAAAGCAGGAUAAAAAUGUUCUACGGUUUGAAUAUAAGUCAGGCUUGAUACGAAAUACCAGAUAUGGUACUACAGUCAAGGCUAGAAAAUGUAUAAAAUAUAUUCCUGAUCCAGUUGCUGUAUGUUUUCCUUUUAACCAGCAGGUGGCAGUGUAUCAAAACAACUGGCCACAUAAAAAGACCACAAGGACUUAUUUCUGUUCCCUCUCUGCUUGUAGGAUAACACCAUAAGCAUGUACAAAGCCUUGUAUCCGAAUGCAGAUAUUCAGACAAAUACUCUGAAAAUAGUUUUGUUUGUUUGCGAGGUGUUGCGACCUUAACUGAUCUUGACUUGUGUAAUGCAGUGCUACUUCAUGUUUGUCUCUUUCUGUUGAAGUUUUGUUUUGUCAUUCAACUGCACUGGUAAAAGUGAAUAAACAUGUUUUCCAAGUUG